AUAACGUAAUGGCAUCUGCUGGACUUCAGAUUUUGGCCACUGCCCUCGCGGUUAUUGGCUGGUUGGGAGAUAUCAUUAUCUGCGCGCUCCCCAUGUGGAAGGUGACGGCGUUUAUUGGCACUAACAUCGUGACCGCGCAGAUCUUCUGGGAAGGCCUCUGGAUGAACUGCGUGCAGCAGAGCACAGGUCAGAUGCAGUGCAAGGUCUACGACUCCAUGCUGGCGCUACCGCAAGAUCUCCAGGCCGCUCGUGCUCUUGUUAUCAUCUCCAUCCUCGUGACCUUCCUGGGAGUUCUUCUGGCCGUCGCUGGAGGCAAGUGCACCAACUGCAUUGACGACCGGGACGCCAAGGCCAAAGUAGGGGUCGCGGCCGGGGUGUUCUUCCUGGUGGGCGGUAUUCUCUGUCUGAUCCCGGUCUGCUGGUGCGCGCACACCGUCAUCCGAGACUUCUACAACCCCGUCCUGUCUGAGGCUCAGAAGCGGGAGCUGGGAGCGUCGCUGUUCAUCGGAUGGGGCGCGAGUCGACAGAUCUUGGCUGUAUGUCUGGCUGUUUUAGGCCUAUGUGGUACUAUUCUAGUAUGUGCAUUGCCUAUGUGGAAAGUGACAGCCUUCGUGGGAGCAAACAUCAUUACAGCGCAGGUUUUCUGGGAAGGCUUGUGGAUGAACUGUGUCCUGCAGAGCACCAGCCACAUGCAGUGCAAAGCGUAUGACUCUGUUCUGGCUCUGACUAAGGAUCUCCAGGCAGCUCGAGCUUUGAUUUGUGCUUCUAUCGCUGUCAGUGUGGUUGCUGUUGGACUGUCGGUUGUUGGGGCCAAUUGCACCAACUUCUACAGAGAAGAGCGGCUUAAAAAGGCCAACCUUGGAAUAGCAGCUGGUGCAGUCUAUAUAGUUGCAGGUGUAACCUGCCUUGUUGCUGUCAGCUGGUCAGCAUAUGUCAUUAUUGUGGACUUCUAUAAUCCUCUAGCAGAAGCGGGGAGGAAAGGAGAGCUAGGAGCUUCCAUCUAUGUCGGAUGGGUGGCCGGUGUUCUGCUAAUCGUAGGUGGUGGGCUGUUCAUCAGCACAUACUCCAGCAGAUGCUGACCAGAAGUGUUGAUUAAGCCUGAAGUUAGUUAAGUGAUGUGACUCUUUCCUGGAAGAUGAAAAGUCUCACUGGCUCAAUUUACUCUAUAAUGACUGUUAUGUUCGUUCAAAAUCAACCUUGUGUCAACCUUCAAGAACAUCUGAUCAUCAAAUGAAUUAUUUAAUGACAAAUUAACUUGAUUUGUGUCUUAGAAUAUUAAAAUUAUAUAUUUUUUUGUUAAUUUUGUUUAAAAAAAAUUCUAUUUGCAAAUGAAAAAUGCAAAUAAAAAAAAUCAAGAUUUUUUUUAAUCGCCACAUCUUAAAUCUGUUUUAUGUCUA